GGCAAAGGCCGAUCCGAGGGGGCAAGUGUGGGGUCAUGGCAGAGCCCCCACGGUGCCGGCGGGUCGGGAUCCUGGGCUAUGGCCAAUUGGGUCGGUUCCUUGUGGGGCAGCUCCUGACGCGGGGCCCCCCCCUGGGGCUGACGUUGGGGUUCGUGUGGACACGGGGGGGGGCAUUGGACGGGGUCCCCCCCCCACUGCGGCUGCUGGACCUCAAGGAGCUGCCCCACAUGGAGGUGGAGCUGGUGGUGGAGGUGGCGCAUCCCUGCGUGGCCACGGAGUACGGGGAGGAGAUCCUGAGCCGUGCGGACUUCAUGGUGGGCUCCCCCACGGCCCUGAGCGAGGCGGGCGCGGAGCGGCGGCUGCGGGCGGCGGCGGCGCGGGGGGGGCACACGUUGUACGUGCCCAGGGGGGCGCUGUGGGGCUGCGAGGACAUCGAGAGGAUGGAC